UGUUUUUCCAAAGACCAACGAAAGAAAGAUAGAAGCGACUCCGAGCCAGACACAAUGUCCAGUUUUCAAAAGACUCCAGCGUCACAUUGGCGAGUGAAUACUUACAGUGCUCUUAGUUUUGACCGGAUAUACUUAAAAAUAUGUCUGUAAACCAUGAGGACUGGGAUAUUGACUUUGCCUUUCCAGAUUUUAACCUAGCUUUGUUCGAACGAGAACGAAGCUGAUGUAGAAACUGAAUCGUAACCUUUCCGUGGAAGAAAAUGUGGUCCGUGUUUGAAAAUUUUAACGCAGAUCACGCUUGAAGACGAGAAUCAGUGCGAGAAUGAACUGGCAGAAAUUCGAGAGGUUUUCCCCAAAAAAUUAACGAGCGAAUCUUCGACAAUGACAACAAACUUACCUUGAAAAGCUUCUUUGCCUUCUGCGGUGUUUUUUAAAAGGACCAACGGAGGAAAGAUGGAAACGACUUCGAGAAAGACACAGUGCCCGGUUUCCAAAAUACUCAAGCGUCAGCCUAGUCCCUAAGCGUUCUCUCUUGCCCCGUUGUCCGCGCGAAGUCUGAAGUCCGCGUUCUUGGCGUGUACCUCUCGGUGACGUCACAGCUCACGGUAGAGUCCAGGAUUGACCGAACCGAGAACGCUUAGGGACUAGGCUGCUCAAGCGUUACAUUAAAGAGCUAAAACUUACAGCGAAUUUGUUUUCACUUUCUCGGACACGCUUUGUCAUGUGGUAUUGUUUUCGUCAGCCAAUAAAAACUUUCUUUCUUGACGCCUGUCAAAAUUAAUGAUUGUCAAAUCGCGCGUCCUGCACUUGUUUCCGGUCCCCGAAACUUGAAGAAGCCAUGUAAUAAACAUCUUAUUAGCCUCGUUUUUUCGGUCCGUACUGUAAAUUACGGAUCGAUGGAAAAAAAACGAGGAUCCGUAAUUUACAGUACGGACCGAAAACUCGGCUAAUAAGAGGUAUAUACUUGGAAGUUUUCUUGACUUUUGCACAGCCAUGAAAUACCUCUUUUAAGUCCUGAAUGAAAGAUUUCCCUAUUAAAAACCUUUUAUAUUUUUUCGAGGGUCUCUCUCUCUCUCGCUCCUUCAAUUAGUCAAAUCCAAGCCUACCGAAACCUUUCACAUACACAUCCCACACCCACCCCCCACCACACCUGGCCACGAAGAUUUUGCCAUCAGAAGCGCGGUUACCAAGGCUUCCGAUAAUCUCGUGAUUUGCGAAAGGGAAGACAGCAAAAUGGUGAGUAGUUUAUGAGUUUUGAAGGUCUGUUUUAUUCAGUUGAAGUAACAAUUUGGUACCAAUGGGCUUGUUUCUACAAAAGCCGGGUAAAAACGUAGCGUAUAGUUUAUAAAUGGAGUGGAAGAGAUCGUUUGAAAGAAUUAGGAGACUGAAUAUGAAAUCGGUGAAUUUCAGUCAGACAUUAUCAAUCGUACCUUUAUUGUAAGUUAUUUAGCCUUAAGUUAAGUAUUUGAGAAAAACUUUCCCGUUUCUCUUUUGAUGUUUGUGAACUUACGUGCACUUGUGCUGAAUGAGCACUUGAAUAUUCCAUACCUUGACGGUAAUCUGCUGAAGCAUGAAUUGUAUGACUGUGUUUUGAGUUGAUGUCUAAUCCUCUCCUGUCUUUCUUUAAGACUGCUCCAAUACCUCACGGGCUAGACAGGAUACCAGAUAUACAGGGAUACCUUGUGAUCAACUCUGAUGGAGCAGUGCUCGCUGUGAGUGUUUGGCUGAGAAAU